AUGUCGAAGGAAUCCAGCAACGACAACUUGUCGUAUGAUUCCCAGGAUUUCGGCACCAACACGUCGGCUUCUCUGCAAAGAGUGCUGCACUGGCAAAACUUCAAAGAUUCUUUCAGAAGAGCUGAAAAUGAGGAUUCUUCAGACAGCCAGUCCAUGGAAUCUCUUGAAAAAGCCGUCAAGAAAACCGCCAACACCAAAUUGAAAUCCUCCAUCAACCCCGUGUCCCAGGCUUUUAUUGCUCUUGGUGGAUGCGUCGGAUCGGGUCUUUUGGUUGUUUCCGGCCAGGCUUUGGCUGCCGGUGGCCCUGCUGGUAUUCUUAUAGGUUGGGCCAUUGUGUCUUCUUUCCUUUACUGUGUGAUGCAAGCAUUGGCUGAACUUUCGUCGACUUUCCCCGUUUCGGGCGCUUUUGCCGUCUACGCCACUCGUUUCGUCGACCCCUCUUUUGGUUUUGCUGCUGGCUGGAACUACGCCAUGUUCUGGGUGGUGGUUUUACCGCUUGAGUUGGUUGCCGCAUCUUUGGCUAUUCAGUUCUGGGAUUCCGAUAUCAACACCGUCGUUUGGGUGGCCAUUUUCUACGUUCUCAUUUUGGGCCUUAACCUCUUUGGAACCGCCGGUUUCGCUUAUACUGAAUUGGUCUCCUCCAUCCUCAAAUUGCUUGGUGUGGUGGGUUUCGACAUUUUGGCCAUUGUCUUGAUCUGUGGUGGCGGCGAUACCGGCUACAUUGGCGUCAAGUACUGGCACAAUCCAGGUGCUUUUGCCCACGGCUUCAAAGGUGUGAUUUCUGUGCUUGUCACUGCUACUUACUCCUUGGCAGGUACCGAGUUGGUGGCUCUUACCGCUGCUGAAUCGUCCACAAACCCCAGAAUCGCUUUGCCCUCCGCCAUCAAAAUGGUCUUUUACAGAAUCCUCAUUUUCUACAUGUUCACCUUGACGCUUAUGGCGUUCUUGGUGCCUUACACUGAGGACAGAUUGGUUUCUGGCGACAGCGCUUUUGCUUCUCCCUUCGUCAUUGCCAUCCAGAACGGAGGCAUCACCGCCCUUCCUUCCAUUUUCAACGUGGUGGUGAUUAUUGCCCUUCUUUCCAUCGGUAACUCGGCCGUUUACGGUUUCUCCAGAACCAUCCUUUCCUUGGCUGAACAGGGCCUUGCUCCUAAGAUCUUCACAUAUGUCGACAGAAACGGCAGACCGCUCGUGGGUUUCUUGACCUCGGCCAUUGUCGGUUUGAUGGCCUUUGUGGCUGCUUCUCCAAAGCAGGGUGAGGUUUUCGCCUGGUUGGUGGCUCUUUCUGCGCUUUCUACGUUGUUCACCUGGGCUUCGUGUACCUUGGGUCACGUCAGAUUCAGAGCUGCCAUGAAGCGUCAAGGCAGACCACUCACGGAAUUGCCUUACCUUUCUAAAACCGGCGUGUGGGGUUCAGUAUACGCUACCAUCUGUCUUACGGUGGUUUUGUGUCUCCAGUUCUGGGUUUCUCUUUUCCCAUUGGGCGAAUCCCCAGAUGCCACGGCGUUCUUCAAGAACUAUCUUGGUGCCGUCAUUGUCCUUUGUUUCUACCUUGGCCACAAGCUCUAUAACGGUUUCUGGAAGAAACGCUGGAUGUUUGUGGUUCCUUUGGACACAAUGGACAUUGACACAGGCCGCUGUGAAAGCGACUUUGACAAAUUGCAGCAGGAGCUCCAGGAGGAGAAGGCUGCUCUUCGGGCCAAGCCCUGGUACAAGCGGGUGUACCACUUCUUAUUCUAA